UGUCACCCACUGAAAAAUUUCCAAAAGAAAAAUUGACAGCCAGCUUGUCAUCCUCGCAAUGUUUUAAACUCAAAAAAGAAAAUCGGUGGUACCUGUUAGCUAGGGAUUACUGGACCCUGUCAACCUAGUCGAUAAAUGAGACUUUCCAUUCGGCCCAAUACACCGGCAGAACUCUAAAAUUGACUCGAACGUAGGGCCCAAUAUAGAAUGUAAAAAGAGCCAACUCCAACUGGCAUCCGCUUGUUGCUUCGCUCUUUGGCAUUGAAUCGGGAAGGCCUCCAGUGCAAAAUGGUCAGCCAGCUGCCCGCACAGUCCGCCCAUUUAGUCAAGCUCGCUCCGUCCGGUCAGGUUCCCGUUUCCGUGGUCAGCAACCUCCAGAGCCCCCGUUCGAGUCCCGGUCGCCGGACGCUCGUCCCGAUCCUGUUCGCCGGCGAGCUGGGCACCUACAUCAGACGCCUGCUGGGCCACCUGGCGGCGAAGAUCUGUGCGCUGCUUCGCCCGGUCCUGGGAGUCGCGGGGGUCACGUACCGGGAUGUGGCCCUGUCCCCGGCCAUGGCCCAACGGCUGGCCUCGGUGGGCCGGAAGACGCUGGUCUUGGACCUGGACGAGACCCUGGUGCACUCCUGCUACAGCGACGCGGAGCACCGCGAGAGCGGCAACUGCGCCCAAUUACCCGCGGGGGCGCGGCCCGAUUACCUGCUCAGCGUGUCGAUCGAUGGCCUCGAGCCGAUCUCCUUCCAGGUCUACAAGCGGCCGCACGUCGACGUCUUCCUUGACUUCGUUUCCAAGUGGUACGACCUGGUGAUCUACACGGCCAGCCUGGAGGUGUAUGCCGCCCAGGUGGUGGACCUGCUGGAUGCGGGACGAGGAAUGAUGCCGCGCCGCUUCUACCGGCAGCACUGCCGCGCCUCCACGUCACUGGUCACCAAGGAUUUGACCCUGGUCAGUCCGGACAUGAGCGGCACCUUCAUCAUCGACAACUCGCCCUACGCGUAUCGCGAUUUUCCGGACAAUGCCGUCCCCAUCAAAACCUUCAUAUACGAUCCGGACGACACGGAGCUGCUGAAACUGCUGCCCUUCCUGGAUGCCCUGCGAUUCACCAAGGAUGUGCGAUCGAUCCUCGGCCGCCGUGUUAACAGCUUGAACUCCGCUGUUUCGGGGUCCCGGAUUUGAAUCUCUCAAGCCAGAAGCAAUCCAGUGAAAUAUGUAAUACUGAGCCAAGUCGCGCUAAUAAUAGAUGAUAGGGAGCCAGGCAUUGCACGAAUAGAAGCAACAAUAAAUAAAAAAGGCCAA